ACGGAUUCCUCAGCAGCUCCCGGGAUCCUGCCGGCAAGGAUGUGCCGCUGCCGCAUCUGACGCGCCUCUCCCGGGAGAGCUCCUGGUAGUUGGAAGGCAAUAAAACAAGCGAGGAGCCCAUGAGAGCAUCACACGAGGAGCUGGCUGUAUAAAAGGACUUUUGAGAGGAAUCUGGUAUGGACAAAGAGCCUUUCGGGCGAAGGGACUGUUAUUUUUGCUUCUCGGUUGCAGAAAUAAAGGGUGCCGGCGAGGAGUGUUGUAUCCUGAAGGAUUCUUCCGUGGCCUUUUUGGUAUUGUUCUUCUCUUUCCCCUUGCACACCGCACAGUGCUGAGCUUUUGCUGUGGAAUUGGAGUCUCUGCCACUCAGCCUCCUGUUCCAGCCGGGAGGAAGAAGUCUUUCUCGCCCUCCAUCUGUGCAGGCACUUCUGUUUUAAUGGAAGAUACAUCUUUUUGCUGAAACUCUUUUGUUGUGACAUUGCAUAAUAGGCAGUUGUCUCACUGCAGGAAAUAAAAGAAACUAAAGGAAAUAGAUGGAAAGAAAUUGUUCCCCAAAGCAAAACUGAAGCAGGGAAGAGAACAUCAAAAUCGUUUCAAGCCCUACCCAAGAUCUAGAAGACCACAAAUCUCCUAGCUCCAGAGGAAAAUAACACUGUUACAAAAACUCCUCAGCAGUCAGUAACGAUGAGUAAUCGUGGUGUUUUGUCUGGAUGCUGCUGGUAAAGGAGAGCUUUGGAGGGACGUGGGGGCUCUGGCCUGUAUGAUGCCUGAAGACAGAAAUGCUGGAGUCCGCAGCCCAGGUGCCUUAGCAGCAGCUCCCUUCAUUCCCAAAACUACUUACAGGAGAAUUAAGCGGUGCUUUAGUUUCCGCAAAGGUAUUUUUGGGCAGAAGCUGGAAGACACUGUCCGGUACGAGAAGCGCUAUGGGAACCGCCUGGCUCCCAUGCUGGUGGAGCAGUGCGUGGACUUCAUCCGACAGCGGGGGCUGAAGGAGGAAGGCCUUUUCCGACUGCCUGGGCAGGCUAAUCUCGUCAAGGAGCUACAGGAUGCAUUUGACUGUGGAGAAAAGCCUUCUUUUGACAGCAACACAGAUGUGCACACCGUGGCUUCACUGCUCAAGCUGUACCUAAGGGAGCUCCCAGAACCAGUUGUACCAUAUGCAAAAUACGAAGAUUUUCUUUCCUGUGCCAAAAUGCUCAGCAAGGAGGAAGAAACGGGCCUGAAAGAACUGGUGAAGCAAGUGAAGAGCCUGCCAGCUGUCAAUUACAAUCUGCUGAAAUACAUCUGUAGGUUCCUUGAUGAAGUCCAGUCGUAUUCAGGUGUAAACAAAAUGAGUGUGCAAAACCUGGCUACAGUUUUUGGCCCCAACAUCCUGCGCCCCAAAGUGGAAGAUCCUCUGACUAUCAUGGAGGGUACAGUAGUAGUCCAGCAGCUCAUGUCAGUGAUGAUUAGCAAACACGAAGAGCUGUUUCCCAAGGAUAUAGACCCACAGAUGGGACCUGAGGUGUGCAACAACAACAAUGAAAUUCCGAAGAAAACCACUGCAGGGCAGCUACAGAACAAAGAGAACAACAAUACCAAGGAGACAGCAGUGAGGCGCUGCUCUUGGGACACACCCGAGUCUCCCCAAAGGGGAAGCAUGGACUGUGAGUCUCCGACUGCUCUGCCAGGCAGCAAGACAAAUAGCCCCAGGAACAGCAUCCAGAAACCAGAUGUCACCAGGAGCCCGCCACUCAUGGUGAAAAAAAAUCCUGCUUUUAAUAAAGGUAGCGGCAUAGUCACCAACGGGUCCUUCAGCAGCUCUGUGGAGGGCCCGGAGAAGAGCCAGGCCGUACCAAACUGCUCCCUGCAAACCAGGAGAACGUCGUCCCUGAAAGGGCCGGUGACCAAGAUGGGGACACAGAGCGUGCCGAACGGAGGGAUGCGCAUGGGCGUGUCCAGCACGGACAGCCACAGCAGCACCCUCGGCAACCGCAGCCCCGGCUGGGCGCCCAAUGGCUACGUCACUCUGAGGGACAACAAGCAGAGGGAGCCAUCGGUGGGUGAGUCAGGCCAGCACAACAGGCUUUCCACCUACGACAAUGUCCACCAGCAGUUCUCUAUGGUGAACUCUGAUGACAAACAGAGCGUGGACAGUGCCACCUGGUCCACGUCCUCGUGCGAGAUAUCCCUCCCGGAGCACUCCAACUCCUGUCGCUCAUCCACCACCACCUGCCCUGAGCAGGACUUUUAUGCGGGUAACUUCGAAGACUCUGUGCUGGAUGGGCCACCACACGAAGACCUCUCUAACCCAGGUGACUAUGAGAACAAAAGUGACAGGAGGAGUGUGGGGGGCCAUAGCAGCCGAGCCACCAGCAGCAGCGAUAACAGUGAAACGUUUGUGCCCAACAGUACCAACAACCACAGUGCUUUGCACAGCCUGGUGUCCAGCUUGAAGCAAGAAAUGGCCAAGCAAAAACUAGAAUAUGAGACAAGGAUAAAAAGCCUGGAGCAGAGAAAUCUCACCCUAGAGACAGAAAUGAUGGCCCUGCAUGAAGAGCUGGAUCAAGAGCGGAAGAAGUUCACAAUGGUAGAAAUCAAAAUGCGUAAUGCAGAGCGGGCGAAGGAGGAUGCAGAGAAGAGGAAUGAUAUGCUGCAGAAGGAAAUGGAGCAGUUUUUCUCUACUUUUGGGGAACUGACAGUGGAGUCUCGCAGACCAGAAAGAGGCAACACCAUCUGGAUCCAGUGAGCUGUGGAAACAUAGGCUGUGGGACUUGAGGAAGGGUUUGGGGGUAUUAUACUGUAUCAGGUGGCUGGUCACCUGUCUGAGGCUAGUACUCAACAAAACAUUAGAAACCCUUGAAGGAAGAAAUCAUACAUACAUUAAGCACUCAUAUCUACAGUGUGUACUUACCAAGUUAUACUCUUUGAAUGCUUCAUGAGACUACUGUCAAGUGUUACAACUGGAUAUGUGUAUAUAAAUUUAAAAACCACCUUAGAGCAAGAGAUGUAUCUGAAGAAAUAUUUUAAUGCAAGUCUUGUAUUUAAACUGGUAAAUUGAGAUGUUGUUGCAAUCAAGCUUUAUAUAAAGGCUUUUCUCCCUUGCACUUAACAUAAUAAGCUAUUUUUGGCAUUGUGUUAUCAUCAGCUUAUUUUGUAUAUCAAAUGGGUUUUUUUGUUUGUUUUGUUUUGUUUUUGUUUUGUUACCCCUUUUGCUGGGGAGUGAAGAUAAACAGAUAUGUUAAGGUAAACGUGUGGAUGGUAGCCCUGAUUUGCGUCGCUUCCAAACAGACAGCAGGAUUGAGAA